AUGAAGCUUCGUGUUACGCUUGUAUUUUUUUUUAAAUACAGGAAACCGAAAGUUGCUCCGGUCAAAGAGAAGAAAACGUUACCGAAGCGUGCGGCGAAGGCAGCCCCUGCGCCCCCUGCCCAGGAAGAGGUGGCCACCAACACGAGACUUCUCAGGAACUCCCGCGACCCUCCGCCGCCAAACCCGGACGUGUACGAGUUCGACGAACUAGAAGGCUCUCGGCCUCCCUCGGGCCUCCGCCGCCGCAACCAGCCCACCCCCGACCCCCCCGCGCAGAGCCCCGAAAGCAUACAAUACAUGGACAUAUGCCCUACAAGCUCUCAACUAGCCAAAAUUAAUACCAAACAAAAAGAAGUUGGGAACGUACUUAGUGUCAGCUUGGUACCUGAGGACGAUAUAUAUAAGAAGCGGAAGAAUUUGAUAGAUAAUCUGACGAAUAGUCCAGCGCUGUUAAACAAGAUUUUCAACUCCUUACCGACAGAACUUCAGAACGAGCUUGGGAGCUUGGCCACGGAGGGGACUGGGCGGGAGGAGGCUUAUUUGGACGAAAAGGCGGGGACGGUCUUAGAGGCACCCACGUACUAUCCUACGGCUGAGGAGUUUGAGGAUCCGAUAAAAUACUACGACAAAAUCGCCCCCGAGGCCUCAAAAUACGGCCUCUGCAAAAUAGUUCCCCCUGAAAACUUCAAACCAACAUGCACGAUGAGCGACACGAUCCGCUUCGCGGUCAUAUACCAGUACAUCUCCAAGAUGUUCAGCCGCUGGGGCCCCGUGUCCAGGGAGCUGGCUGCCAUCAAGGCGCACCUGCGGACCCAGAGCGUCGUGUUCGCGCGGUCUCCCCUCUUGGACGGCAGCGAAGUGAACCUCCCCAGGCUAUACCACGCCGUGGAACGCAACGGCGGUCUCAGCAACGUCAUACAACGCAUGCGGUGGGGCCGCGUCGCCGACGAGAUGAAGCUGACCAAGUUGCAGCACCCGGAGCGCAAGCUGGACCCCAUAUACAUGCGAUAUCUGCUGCCCUACGCCACGUUGUCCGAUCGUAAGUUAUUAAGAUUGUGGUGACCAUAAACUCCACACUAAUUACUGCUCCAGCGGGCCCGAAGUCAGGCGACGGCGGGAGCGGCCCGCAGCCUGGCGGUCCCUGGCUGUGACGUCACGCCCCCACCGCGGCGCGGCCGGCCGGAGCUCAGUGCAUCGCCCGCGCUCGGACAGAGGCUCCCAGAGAUUCGCACUAAACGCACGCCGCUUUUCUCCGCCUUAUCGCUAGCCUCUGCUUACGCGCGCUACGCGAUUAUAAUAUUCUAUUUAGCUUCUUUCUGUCGCCUAAACUCUUUCCGUACUUUGCACGCUUGUAAAUAUCUUUUAAUUAUUAUAAAUUUUAUAUGGA